AUGGCUAGUUCACGUGUUGUGACAAUGUUAAUGCUCUUCUUUAUCGUAUUUUCUUUGUUCUUCAUGAGCUUACAGGCACGUAUUCUUCAGGGGAAUUACCAGGCCAUGCAAGGUAAUUUUAACAGCCACAUACUUCUGCAUGAUCUAGGUUUUGAUCUGACCAAACUUAAGCGUUAUCAGAAGCUGUACAAACUCGAUGCAGCAGGUGAUAGAGUCUCACCAGGAGGACCGGACCCUCAUCAUCAUGUAUAA